AUGUCGAAGGACAACGAAUCACUGCACUACAUGAACGAGGAGGCGAAGCGCAAGAAGAGGAUGAAGUGGACGAUCGGCAUCAUCGCCUUCGUCAUCUUUCAGGUACUCGUAGCCGUCUUCUUCGUCCUAGUCAUCAUGAAGUUCAAGUCCCCUAAGUUCAGGGUCGGUGAGUUCAACGUCCAAACCUUGAACGUCGGGAAUCAGGCCUCACCCUCGUUCAACAUGAGCUUCGUCGCUCCGAUCCGGGUCAAGAACACCAACUGGGGUCCCUUCAAGUACGAUGCUUCUACUGUUAGCUUCACCUAUGGGGGCGUCCAAGUGGGACAAGCGACCAUUCCCAAGAGCAAGGCCAACUUCAAGUCCACCAAGAAGAUCGAUGUGCCCGUGACCUUGAACUCCGAUGCUUUGCCUACUAGUUCGAACCUUGGGAGCGAAUUGAGCUCGGGGAUCAUAACCUUAAAUAGCCAAGGCGAGCUCAAAGGAAAGGUAACAGUCAUGUUCAUGUUUAAGAAGACGAAGAUAUCCCAGAUGAAUUGCACCAUUGCUAUCGAUACAACGACCAAUGCGAUCCACUCCUUGUCGUGUAAAUGA